UCAGAUAGGAAACAAAUUUAAAAGAUGCUCUGAUUCUCUCUGUCCCAUGUAAUAUACUAUUCUGCAUCUGCCUGCGUACGCGGGUUUCUGAUAAUCAGAGUUCGAAAAAGAAAAAAAGAAGGUAUUUCUCACCAACACAUCAAUGGCUGAACCUGAAUCAAAACAAACCCAUCUCAGCACCCCAUCAAAGGAAGAGAUUGAGGCUCUUGUUCAAACCAAGAUUUACUCAGAAAAUAAUCCUGACGAGAGGCAUCAAUCUUCAAGAUUGGAGAAAGCAGCAGAGAAUGAUGUCAAGGCAAAGGCACCCAAUCUAAUUGAAAGAGCAAAGGAAGAGAUAGAAGCAAUCAUUCACCAUGGCAAGUCACCAGUCCAUCAUCAUAUAGAAACUCAUGGAAGGAAUGAUGACAUUGAUGAUAGUACCCCAAUUGAUCAAGUCAAAGGUCCAAGCGUUUUCCAACGAGCAAAGGAAGAAAUCGAAGCCCUUGUUCAAACAAUCCAUCGUAAGAAAGAAUCCAGCAAUUCUGUGUCUUCUCCGAAGAAGGAAGGUGGUUUUGGAGCUUGUAUUGGGAAAGGGUUGGAAAAAAUUUGCUCCUUUAACUGGGGUAGUAAGAGAGAUUAAUUUAAUACUUCUGCAGAGCAAAAUUUUCAUAUUUGUUUGUUUUCUGAGAAUGUACUACAGCAUAGGAAAAAUAGAACACAGUUAUGAAUCAGUAAGAACUCAUACCAUGGUUGAUAUAUGGAAAUUCACUGGAUUCAUUUUUCCAUUUCA